AUGACAGGCAGGAGCAGCCGAUCACUGAACGAUACAGACCCCAGGGUGCCACCACGAGCCCAGAGCAGUGGGGAGUGGAGCAGCGACAUGGACAGUGAGCCAAGGAGAAACAGAGACAGCUAUGAGGAGAGGGAGUCAGGGAGAGAGAGCACCACGGAAAGUGAGAGGGACAAAUGGAGCCCGGAGAGAACUGCUGAAAGAAGACGGAGGGAACAGCACAGAGUGAGAGAUCAGACAGAGAUAGGGGAGAAAUGGCAGACAUUGUACCGGGCAGAGGAAGAUGUGGUAGACCCACAGAGGGGCAAAAAUAGUCAGUUUCAGAGGAAGGCAGAAAGAGAGUGGGAGAAAAGAGUACAUGGAGCUGAAGGUAGAGGAGACAGAGGGGUGUUAGUGCAGACAGAGAGGCCUGGAGGGAGACAGAUAGGCAAGGGAAAGGGACAUCUGUCUGACAGCGAUGGAGGGAUAGGGGGAAGUUGGCAGAGGGACACUGAAGGAGAGAAUGUGACAGAUAACACUGAGGACAGCGACAGGGAGGAAGAGGGAGGGAGCGACUAUGCCCGCUCCGAGAGUGAAGGAGGAAGCGAGAGAGGGUGGAGGCAAGAAAGAGUGCUGUCAGGAGAAGACGGGUUUGUCACCGUGUCCAGUGGUGGAGAUGAGGAGGAUGAGAGAGAGGAGGAGGAGGAGGAGGAGUUUGAGGACUGUGUAGAGUUCUGGGAAGGUGAGAUUGCGUGUGAUGCGGCCUCACGAUUUAGCUUCAGAGAGUACGAAGGAGAUGAGGAGAGGGAAGAGGAAUGGACGAUGGGAAAGGAGGAAACAGUUGAUGAAGAGGAUGAAAAUGCUGAAGGACAGGAGAGGGAUAAGAAGCCAAAGUACGUCUUCUGUGUGAUUGGGCAAACUUUACCCAGGACAAAAGCCGGUGACCAGUCACAGUCACAUGUUGACCAGAUAGGAGGAGCUGAAAGAGACGAGUCAAAUCUAGAAAGUUUGCAUUAUGUUAGUGAUGAUGUCACCCUGCAACCUCAGUAUGAACUUAAACGGACCAGAAAUGACGAACACACCAUCAACAACCAGGACGUAGAGGCUGAGAGGAACUUACCACAGGAGGAGCAGUCAUCUGAAGUGGACAGAGUGUCUCCAGAGGUUCAUGAUACACAUGAUGUGGCAAUGAGGAGCAAGGUGGAGCAUCACUAUCCUGAAAUGGAGGCACAGCAAAACCAAGGGGUCAACCAGUCUGAGGCUGUGAUUAAAGAUGACAAACAAGGGGAGGAGACUGCACAAAGGCGUGAGGAGAUUCCUGUUGUUAAGGUGAAAUUGGGAUGGACACUCAGAUUCAGAGUUGCUGGAGGAGGAAGAGGAGGGGGAAGAGCCAUUGGAGGUGGAGGGACUGAGAGGUAUGGGGCAGAGCCUGCUGACAUGCAUGCUGACCAGUGGACAGCUAUGCAUGAUGACACACCUACAUGCACUCAUGCUGACACAUUGUUAGACACAGAAAGGAAGGAGGAUCACAAACCUGCUAUGAACAAAGUGACUGAGCCUUCUGGUCAGCUCCAGUUAGAUAAGGCAAACAUGGAGGUGAUAUUUAGUCAGGAGGAUGAGGUAAAAGAAAUAGAAAAGGAAAUUAGCAAUCAGAAGGAACUGGAAAUGUAUUUAUCUGUUAGCAACACACUGUACAAACCUAACAGCUGCCCUGUUCUUAAUUAUGAACUUGAAUCAGACAUUCCCAACCCCUCCACAGAGGGUGAGGGGCCAGAGGUGGAGGAAAACAUAGUUAAAAAUGAAGCUGAAAUGCAAGUAGAGGAGCCAGAGGAGAAGGGUACUAUGGAGGAAGAUGAGGAGAAAGCAGGAGAAGUAGAUGAGAUGGAUAACAGAAAGGGAGAAGAGGUGAUAGAGAAGAGAGUAGGAGGAGGGACGUUGACAAGCAGCAGCAGUUUUCGGGAUUUGGGUCCUGAGGCUCGAUUACGAAGAAGGGGAAUCCGUAAAACUACAGAAAGAAGAAAAGAAGAGCUUGUAGAGGUGGAAGAAGAAGAGGAGGAGGAGGAGGGUGUUGGAAGGGAUCGCAGAACCAGAAUAUUCUCUACAUCAGAUGAGGAGGAUGGACGCAGCAAAAGCUGGAGUGAAGUAGAUCUGAGGAAUGUUUUGGAUACAAUUGGAAGACGGAAGAGGAACUCCAAGUUCUUCAAUGCUGCCCAGCUCUACCAGCAGUACAGCGAGGCUGCCCAGAACUUUGAGAUCCUGCGCCAGGCCCGUUCUGAGGUCGUCUCAGUGUGUGAGGAUGCCUCUGCAUCUCCUGCUCCCUCGCCACCUCCUGCCCGCAGACCUCUUCCUCCCCUCCCUCCUGUCCCGCACCCCCACUCCUUGUCCCACACAGGCUCCGUCACCAGUGUCAGAAGUUUACCUCUCCCUGAGCCCCCCAGGAGUGAACGGAGGGCUUCCUCUCCACGCUUGUCCUGCUCCAUUGGCCAGUCGGCCACACUGUGGCGAGACCUGCCGGGCGUCAGGAACAGUACUGAGCUGGAGGAGCUCACAGAGGACCAGAGACGCCUACAGGAGGUGCGAUUUGAGGUAGUGACUUCAGAGGCAUCCUACUGCAGGAGUCUGGACAUUGUUGUUGAACAUUUUGUGAAGUCCAAACAACUGGGGGCGCUGUUGACCACUCAAGAUAGGAACUGGUUGUUUUCCCGCUUAGCUGACGUCCGGGCCAUCAGCCACAGCUUUCUGUCAAAGCUGGAGGAGCAAGUUGAAUCUGACAUCCUGCACUUUACUGUGUGCGAUGUCAUUGCUCGACACUGUCAGCGCUUUAAAAUGGUUUAUGUGCCCUACCUCACCAACCAGUCAUACCAGGACGCCACCUACCAGAGACUCAUGAAUGAGAAUCAAGGGUUCAAGCGGACCGUGGAGAAACUGGGGAGUCCUGUCUGCCAGCGACUCCCCCUUCGGUCCUUUCUUGUCCUCCCUUUUCAACGGAUCACACGUAUUAAACUACUGGUGCAGAACAUUGUGAAAAGAACAACUCCAGGCACAGCUGAGGCAACACAGGCCAUUAAAGCUUUGAAACUCUUAGAAAAGCUCAUUCAAGAGAGUAAUGACAGCAUCACUCAAAUGAGAAGCAUUGAAUCACUGGUUUCUCUUAGUGCCAAGGUGGACUUUGAAUGCAGGGUAAACUCUUCCCUCAUCAGUCAGUCUCGGAGAAUGGUACGGGAGGGACAGGUAACAGAGCUGAUGGAUUUCUCUCUGAAGGAGACGGAGAGGAACAUUUACAUGCACUUAUUCAACGACUACUUGCUACUUUCACUACAAAAAGAAGGAGGGAGGUUUACAGUAAUAGACCACGCUCCUGUAUCAGACCUGCGUGCAGAGAACUGUCGUGUCAAACUCCACUCCUUGCAGAAGAACCUGUUCCGGCUGCACAUGUCACAUAAAGCCCUGCUGCUACGGACCGACACACAGAGUGAUAAGCUACGAUGGAUAUCAGCCCUUUCCCGUCCCCAUCCUGAAAUAGAUUUUUCUGCUGCUCAAGAUUUUCCUCAGAUGCAGUGUAUCAGAGCUUUUGUUGCCCAGCAGCCUGAUGAGCUAUCAUUGGAAAAAGCAGACGUCAUACUUGUGCACCAGCAAAGCAGUGACCAUUGGGUGGAGGGGACCAGGCUAUCCGAUAGGCAGCGAGGAUGGAUACCAGAGUCACAUUGGAAACCAUAACCAACUCUAGAGUCCUACAACGCAACCUGUCAGAUGCACUCAAACUUACAACGGCUACAGCUGCAGUUUGAGCUGAAUAUUUGGGACUGAACACCAAGACAUUUGGGUUGACAGAAAGGCCUACACAUUCAGUUGUCUGGUUCGAAAUGUUGGAGAUCCCACAGUGAAUUAUUCAACUCUCCAAAUGCAAAUUUCCGUCUGUGAACUGUUCACAGGAAUGCAGUGACUGAAAGGCUAUAAAAAUGCGUUGGAAUGAUGCAUUUGGUCUCACUUGUUUCACUUGGUGGAACAAUGUAUUGCCUUGGAGCAAAGAAAGAACUGUUGAGGCCUGUCUGAAAGAUAUUAAUGAGCUUGUGACUAACUUUUAUCCACAUGACAAGCAACGUGUGUAUCAUAGUAGGCUACAGUGAUGAACUUGCGUAAGAAAAGAGUACUUUUAUGGGAAAUUACUUCCAGGAUUUGUUUUAAUGUAAUGUGUAUAUGUAACAGAUUCUAAUAAAGUGUAUGAUUUAGAACUGGUGAGAAGUGGAUAGUCAACAUGGAAAAUCUACAACUUCUCAAAGACAAUUAUAAGAUGUAAAGAUGUUAAGGUGGAAAUGUGGACAUUUCAGUAAAUUAAGAUGGUGGAAUAAAAACACAUGAAAACACCGUG